AUGAAUGAAAGAGGAGGCUUCCACCACUGCUCCAGCGACAGAGGAGGUGGAUUUUGUGCCUAUGCUGACAUCACUUUGGCCAUCAAGUUUCUGUUUGAGAGAGUCGAAGGCAUCUCCAGGGUGACCAUCAUCGAUCUGGAUGCUCAUCAGGGAAAUGGACACGAGCGUGACUUUUUGGACGACAGGCGAGUGUUCAUCAUGGAUAUGUAUAAUCGCUACAUUUAUCCUGGAGACGAAUAUGCCAAAAGAGCAAUAAAAAGGAAGGUGGAGCUGGACUGGGGCACUGAAGACUCAGAGUACCUUCAGAAGGUUGAGCUCCACAUGGAGGGAACACUGAAUGAGGUCUUGCCUGAUAUCAUCGUUUAUAAUGCAGGGACAGACAUCUUGGAUGGGGACCCACUUGGGGGACUCUCAAUAUCACCACAG